CCCAUCAGCCGUGCCGCCACGCCGACCCUCCAGUCCGUGUUCGCGCCGUGCCCUCGGGCCCCGUGGAGGAUGAACGAUGCCCCCACCCUGGACUACGGGCUGCUGCUGUCCCCCGCCGGCGCCUCCCUGCUCCCCGGCCUCGGCAGUGGUAGCAUGGUGGGCGGGGCCGGCGGCGGCGGUGGCGGCGGCGGAGGCACGCCCCUAGUGCCGCUGGGCGUGCCGGACGCGGAGCAGAGCACGGCCCUGGCCUUCGUGGGGCUCCUCCUGCUGUUCCUGGUGUUCCUGCUGGUCCGCUGCUUCCGGAUCCUCCUGGACCCCUACAGCCGCAUGCCGUCCUCCUCCUGGACGGACCACAAGGAGGGCCUGGAGAGGGGGCAGUUCGACUACGCGCUGGUGUAGCGGCGGGCGGCGGG